GAGGGCACUGUGAAUUUUCCCACCAGCUCAGUUCUGGCACAUUUCCACGCUUGUUAACUUCAGCAGGAAGUUAUCGUAAACAUGGCGGACUGUGGAGAAGCAGAUGGACCUGUGAAGAAAGAUGACAUCGUACGCGCUAAAAAUGAAGGGAAGGAGUUGACCAAAGAGGAGAAGCAACGGCUGAGGAAAGAGAAGAAACACCAGAAGAAACAGAAGGAGGAGAAGCGCCCGUUAGAAGGAGCGAAGGAAAAAAAGCCUGUCGCUACAUCACAACCUGUGGCAACACAGAAAGCUCCCACAGUGUUACCUGCCUCUGCACCAAUACCUGUGCCUGUCUCAGGAGCUCCCUCCCACUCCUCUCCUGCCCCCUCCCCAGCAGACAAGCCAGUCAAAAGCAGAGCUGAGCAGAAGGCAGAGAGGAGAGCAAGGCAGGAAGCUGAUAGAGCCUCUAAACAACAGAGUUGCUCCUCCAGCAGCAAGACCAAGGCCCCUCCAAGUGAACUAAACCCAGUGGUGAAGAGACUUCCGGAACAUGUCCAAGUGGACGACCCUGCAGUGGUGAAGAGACUGGCCAAGAAGUUGGAAAGACAACAGGUUUGUGGCAAUGUUAUUGACAUUCUACAAUAUCCUGCUCUCUGUCCUCAAGGCACUGCUUGACUAGCAGACGCUCCUAUCCAAAAAUUACUUUCAGGAGUAAAUGAAGGUUUAGUGCCUUGCUCACAUUCAGAUUUUUUUGUUUGUUGUUGACAUAGUAGGGUCAGGGAUUUGAACCAGCAACCUUUCGGGUUUAGUGGCCCAACCUUCUUAACCGCUAGACUACCUGCCACCCCUAACUUGCUAGCACCACUGAGGUUAGUCAUCUCAGUACAGAUUUACAUUGUCAGUGUUUCCCCUGGAUUCAUUUCCAGGCAAGGCGCACAGCCCACAACAACAUCCAGUGCCUUUAUAACCAGCACUAUAAGGCUAUAUAAUGGUCUGGGGAAACA